UUCAGUCGCAAUUGAUUUAUUUCAGUUUAAAGUGUACGAAUAUGAAUUGUGCUGGAGGGUGGUAGAAGAGGAGUAUCGAUUUUAUGUAGGCGGAGUGGAGCGCAAUCUCGCCCGGACGAGGAAAUCUUAUCAGUACGUACUCUGGUUAGUUGCAGCAAAAUAUAUAUAUAUAGAGAGAGAAACAUAUGUAAGGAGAUCUGUCGUGGUCAUAUCGUGUAUCAUGAGGUUUUGGUUGUUGUUGUUGUUGCUCCAGUUUGUUGAUCGUGCCUGAAGAAAAGAAGAAAGUGAAGAAGGAACCAUGAAGUGCAUUCUGGUGUUCAAUCACCUCAACGACAUCAUAUACACCAAGUACAACAAGAAGUUUGCGGUGCACAUCAACGAGUUCGCCAAAUCGCAGAAGCUGCUCACGCAGGAGGAGAUCAACUCGAAAUUGACCACAGCCAUCAUCGUGCAGAUCUUCUCGCCCAUCGUCACCUCGCAGAGGAUAAUGAGCUGCCAAUUCGGCAACUCGUACACCUCGAUCCAAUGUCAGGAUGGAAUCAACAUGACUUUCGAAGAGUACAUGGGCUUUCUGUUCGUGUGCAUCGGACUGGACGAUGUUAAUACCAUGAAGCGUUUCUUGAACACCUGCGUUACCAUGGUGAGGUAUCUGUGCGGUCCGGAUGUGAUGCUGUUGAAGAGCAACACGCAACUUGCGGCUCUCGUGACCGGUCUUCUAGAUAGCUGGUCGCAGAUGCAGAACUACGAUCAGGCUAUGUUCGUGGAGGCCGUGGAGCAGCUGAUGGUCAACUCGGAUCUGACUUGCGUCGCGAUACAAGCCAUCCAGGAGGCAGUGGAUAAGCUGCAGGCCGUCUCCGAUGGGAACCGCAUCCACGGUCUGGUUCUGGUGGAAAACAAGUUCCUCUCCUUGUACUCGACACAAAACGCAAAGGAACUCUCAGCGACGGACAUCCUCUUCCUGACCGUACUGAACGAAUGCACCAACAAGCUGAAGGUGAUCCAGGACGUCGAAUCGGACAGCGAGGAGGAAUUCUACAGUCCAUCGUCGAGUCCCGUCCACAACUCGCUUGCCACCAAUCUGAACGAGAUAUUCCAACCGGAGAUCAACGGAAUCUCCAGCUAUCAGAUACUACUCUCCGGUCCGGAUUAUCAGACCAGAUGCAUUCCGCACGCCAUCCACAUCAAAGAACUAUCGCCGGGGCUGAGUCUCGUCAUCCUGAUGGAAGUCGGCAAUCCGCUCGUCUCCUCCAGCCUCUACAACACCUUCACCAACAUACACACGAUACAGACCGUGCAGAUGCAGAGCGACGAGGACACUUUGCGACCGGUAUUCGAUAACCUGGACAAUUCCAUUAAGAAGCUCUGCGACGCACUGAAGAAGACGAAGCACGGUGGAAUCGAGUUCGCCUACAAGCAGUUGACGAAGCAGUGGGAGUUCAUGAAGAAGAAGUACUUGGAAUUCAUGAAGGCGCAUUCGGCGGAAGCGCUCUUGCGCGCCGAAUCAUCGACUCCCGGUUUGCUGGAUACUCUCAAAGAGAUCCUGAGCCUCACCUGCUUCGAUCAAACUGUGCUCAAGUCCAGCCAGAGACACAUCAACGUGAUCGCCGAGGGAGUCGCAGAGAAGUUCUUGAGUUACAACGAUUUCCUCAAGGUCAAGGCGUUGCGCAACUUCCCGCUUGGAUCGUAUCUCGAAGAGUUUCCAGGAUUGGUGCAUUUCCUGUACAUCGAUCGCAGCAACCAUCGAGUUACCGCUCCAACUUUGGACUUUAACUCUGAACAAACUAACACUCUCACCAAGAAGAAAAUCUGGUCGAUGAUAAACUUUUCGCGGAGUCAUCUGCAGGAGGGACAUCUUUCGCUGAUGUGGAAAGACACGACGUUCAAUUACGCCUACUUCCUAUGGUUUGAGGAUAUGGCCGGAUCACCGGUCAAGCCGACGAUAUUCCCGACGAACGCCUCCAAGGUUUUACCUCAGCCCGGCAUCCUUUGCGGCGAUUUCUACCAGAAGCUGAAGGAAGCCUGUUUCCCGAAGAUUUCCCCGGCGAAGAUCAGAUGUUACGAGCUGUUCUGUAUACACCUGGGAUUGGCGACUGCAUCUUGCGUCUUGGAACACACCAGACGUUUGGCCGCUACAAUCUGGGAGUUGAAGGGUCACCCCAACAAUCCCAUGGACCUGCUCUGAAGAAAAAAAGAUGAGCAAAACGAAAUAAUUAUCUCUUCUUCGAUGCGUUAUUUAUUCUUUAUUUAUUAUA